GCUCAACAUGAAGCUGGUCGUGGUCUUCAUGCUGGCUGCCCUCCCUCUUUACUGCUAUGCAGGUUCUGGCUGCCAAUUGCUGGAAGAUUUGGUGGGAAAGACACUUGAUUCCUCUGUGUCUACAGAUGACUACAGAGAAGUUCUGAAAGAUUACAUCGAUAAUCCACUGGACGAACUAGCCGUAAAUGAACUCAAAGAGUGUUUUCUCAGCCAGUCCAAUGAGACACUGGCCAAUGUUGGGGUGAUGAUGGAAUCCAUUUACAACAGUUACUGGUAUUCCUAUUACGUGUGGUAUACCAACUUUGUUUUCCUGGAAACCACGCUGGAGAGAAAGGUACUUAUCUCCUUUGGCAAUGUUGGAAGUAAAAUUCACCUGGAUCAGGCAUGA